AUGACCACGCCAGAACCCCCCAAAGCCCCCUGGCAAGACCUUUUGAACGGCCACCUAUCCCAGAAUUCGUCCUCUGAAUUUACCCUCACGACAGUCGCAUAUGAUGCAAAUAAGAAACGACAUGUCCCGCGAGCCCGCGUGUGCGGAUUCCGCGGCUUCUUCCCAAGCCCGCAACUCCACCCAAGCGCCAUCGACGCGCUAAAGGCACAAGGAGACGGACUGAAUCCGGAUGUUUACGAGAGUGAUAUGAUCUCAUUUACGACGGACGUGCGAAUGGAGAAAGUCGGCCAGAUUCAGCCAGGGUCGUCGGAGUCGGAUGCAGGGAAUGAGGUUGAGAUGGUGUUUUGGUUGAAGGAUGUGGGAAGUCAGUGGAGGAUUAAGGGUGUUGCAUUUGUGAUUGGGGAUCAGGAUGGUGGAGGUGUCGAGGAUGAGGCGAGGGAGGGGAUUCAGAGGGGUUUGAGAGUUCGUUCGGAGGAUGGUCGUGAGAAAUGGACUUGGGAGAGGCAGGUGACGACGUAUUUUGCGAAUCAUACGCCUAUUUUACGAGGCUCAUUUAAGAGUCCCUCGCCUGGUCAUCCUAAAUCCCAGGCCCCACAGGAUCCGUCUCUCAAACCUGGACAGGAAGUAGAGGAUCUCCAUGAUCCUACUGCUAGAAAGAAUUUCCGGGUGGUGGUAGUCCGUCCUCAAGAGGUUGAACGGCUAGACUUAUCGGAUUAUAAGAACCCGGCACGCUGGACGUGGGCUUUGACUGACGAUGGUAAACAACCGGAGCGAUGGGAAGAGGCUGAACUGUGGCCGUAA